GGUCAACUACUGAGCAACAGGAAGCAUCACUGCUAAAAUUUUUCAAACUGAAUGGCGAUGACCAAGUUGUAAGAAACACGGGAAUUAACCUCACAAACAGGAACGAGACUUUGAACUAUUCACGAGAUUGUAAUCAGCUCUUCAAGGGAAUAUGCGCUCACAAAUUGAAGAGUAAAAGUAACAAUGUUAAAAAGUCGUUCCGUCCCAAUGAUUACGAUGACGAUGAUUACGAUGACGACGGUGAAGCUUCCGACGACGAGGAAUUUUCAGAGGAGGCACGUGAUCACGAAAAGUUAUUCGACGACGAAGCAGGGGAUGAUGGGGAUUACGGGCCACGGCAUGAAAGGCCUGGGUUUGAUGAUGGUAUAGACAGUGAUAUGGACGCAGAUUGGGACUGGGAAUCGCCAAGGCAAUAUUACGGAAAACAUGACAGGGAAAGAUGGAGAUCUCAUCACCUACCGGACUAUGACGAUGACUACGAACCCAGUUAUCCCCUUUACUAUCGCCAUCAUCCAAGACACACUCAUUAUCGUCAUCGUCGUCGUCAUCAUUAUCAAGCUCCCGCGCAUGCGUACUACAGAACACUCAGCCACACGGCGCCUCCCUGGCUCAUUUAUUCUCAGGGAUAUUCCGGCAGAACUCCUGUAUCAACUCCAGCUUUUUUCCCCUUUGUCUCAAAUUCCGCAGUCACGGGUUGGCUACAACCUCCUGCCUCUUACAGUACGGCGUGGCAGCCUCAAUAUUAUCUUAAUCAGAGACCUGCAGCGAAUAUCUUUAAAGUUCGACUUGCAGCAGCUGGCAGCUGGGGCCCUUAUCAACAAAACGUGCACAACCAUCCGCAUCGAGAAUCCAACUCCUUUUUCAUUCCACCAUAUCCUCUUUCAUCAAAUCCACAUCUACAGGUUACCACACGGAACCACGUGGGAUUUUCUCCUGCAAAUUUUCUCCCUGGGAUAACAGCAUCUGUUACCCCAAUAUCUCACUACAUCUAUCAAUACCCUCGGGUAAUUUAUAACUCUAGACAUUUUGCUGGUCCUUUUUCUAGAUCGUUCCCAAAGCAUCGAGAGUUUUCUGACGCGGUUCUUAACAGAAUUAGAGAUCAAAACCUUCACUGAGUAAAUCAG